CUGGCUGCUCGCGCUGAGUAGAUGAUGCUGAAAUCAGAUCGACGAGCAAACACACAGGUGUUGAGCGCGAGUGGGUGAACAAAACGACUUGGUCUUAAUUGCGCCAUCCUAAGGAAAAAUAAGGCUUAAGAGUGUAACUGGUGUCAUACGUUCUCAGCUAGUAUGGCUGCCGACUCCACCAUGAGAUCUGAAGUGGAGGAGCUGCAGAGGAGGGCCAGUCAGGUGACAGAGGAGUCCCUUGAGAUCACUAGAAACAUGAAGCUUCUGUUGGAGGAGAGUAAAGAUGCAGGAAUCAAGACACUUGUUAUGCUGGAUGAGCAGGGAGAGCAACUGGACCGUGUAGAAGAGGGCCUGGACCAGAUCAACAAGGACAUGAAGGAGGCUGAGAAAAAUCUCACUGACAUGGCCAGGUGUUGUGGUCUGUGCAUCUGGCCAUGUACAAAACUAAAGGACUUUGAAGCAAGUGGGGCGUAUAAGAAGGUUUGGGGUAAUAAUCAAGAUGGGGUGGUGUCUAGUCAGCCCUCUUCUCGAGUUUUGGAUGAUAGAGAGAAGAUGACCAUGAGCGGUGGAUAUAUUAGAAGAGUGACAAACGAUGUAAAGGAGGAUGAAAUGGAGGAAAACUUGGCACAAGUCGGCAGUAUCCUUGGCAACCUCAGAAGCAUGGCACUUGACAUGGGCAAUGAAAUCGACACUCAGAACAUCCAGACUGAACGCAUACAGAGCAAGGCCGUGGUCAAUGAAUCCCGCAUCAGUGAGGCCAAUCAGAGAGCCACAAAGCUAAUAGCUAGAUAAAACCAUGGGAUUUUCCUUUUUGAACACGUUUACAGUCUUCUGUAGGAAAAUGUGUGCACAUAUUGAUACAAAAUAUUAAGUUGCUCUUAUUUUAAAUGACCAUUUACAGAAUUUGGAUUAUCGCCUGAUAUCAGUAAGUUAUUAUAAUUAUCAUGUUCCAAAAACAUUGUUCUUCUUCAAUAUGUUAAGGAAAAAUAAUGAAUGUUAAUAUGUUGU